AUGACUUCGGACCCGUCAUUCGACGACCCCAGGUAUAGCCGGGAAUUUCACCUCCCGGGAAACACUAUUCAAGACCGAUCAGAAAGGCUUAAGAUUACGUAUGCCGAUUAUGGGUAUCGCAACGAGGAGAACCCCGAGGAGGAGAAUGUCUUUCUCUUCUUCCCUCCUCUACUAGGCAGCCGCUGGAUGCACAUAGCCAAAGACGACAUCGCCAAAAAGCACAAAAUUCGCAUCAUCAACGUCGAGAGGCCCGGGUAUGGCGGUACGGACGAGGUUCAAGUGCAGGAUCGGCUCCAAGUUUGGCAGGACAUGCAAACGCGUGGUGUAGCUGCCAUACCCGCGCUCCUGGCCCAUUUGCACAUCAAGCACGUCUCCGUCGGCUGCCACAGCGCCGGAACCGUCUACGCGCUCGACUUUAUCCUGCACCACCCCUCGUUUCUGCACCCGCAGCGGCCCUACCUCGCCAUCGCCGGCCCCUGGAUCCCCCCGGCGCAGUCGGGUGUUAUUUCCAUGCGCAUCGCCCAGAGCCUGCCCGCGGCCGUCAUCGGCCGUUCCGAGACCCUGGCGCGCUUCAUGAAGAGCACAGUUAACCCGGCCCUGGGCGCCGGCGCCUCGGCCGUGUCCAGCCUCGUUGGCGUCGUCGCCCGCACCAUUGGCGCGUCCUCCUCGGUGGCCCCGGCCUCGGCGCUCGAGACGGACGGCGAGAGGGAGAUGCGCCUGCGGCCGUCGCUCAUGUCCAAGGCGUACAGCGAGAACCUGCAGGGCAUGGGCGUCGACGCCGUCCUCAUGAUGCACAAGGGGUCGGACGACGCCGCCGCAGGAUGGAGCGACUGGGGCGGCUAUGAGGCGUACGUGCCGCGGUUGGUAGAGGCGCUGCGCGCGGCUGGGCGGACGCUCACCGUUGACGCUUUUCACGCCGAGAAUGACUCCAUGGUGGGCGACUACGGCGAGCAGGGCCCGACGUGGUUCGACAGCUGCUGGGCGGCGGACCGCUGCGGAGACGGCGUGAUUGCGUACAAUGCGGCUGAAGUUGAGGGGGCCGAUCACGACUUGGUGUGGAGUAUAAAGCUUGGAGUUCCGGAAAAGGUAUUUUCGAAAAUGAGUCGCAGUGAUAGACACGACAAGCACCUGCCAGAUAAUACGGUUGCUGAACCGGAGAAUCCGAUCGUUGAAUCAGAGAACCUGAUCAUCAACUCAGAGAAUCCGGUCGGCGAAUCAGAGAAUCUUCUUGGAUCGGAUAACUCGACUGUUAAGUUAGAGAAUCCGAUUGUUGCAUCAGAGAAUCUGGUCAUGGAAUCAGAGAAUAAGGCUGUUGAAUCAGAGAACAAGGUUGUUGAAUCAGAGAACAAGGUUGCCGAGAGCUGA